CGCUGGGUGAAGAAUCCCUGACUGACAGCUGAGAGGGUCCUCAGUGUGGCUUCCUGGGGAGUCCCAGGCCUGGUCACUCUGGGCUUCCUCAGGCCCGACUCAUCCUAAGCCCAGGCCCAAGGGUCUCUGGGAAACUCCACCAGGUGGGUGGUGCAGAGAAGCCUCCCGGGGCCGCCUCCUGAACCUUGAAUAAAGGAGAGACCGGCCGUUCAGUAGGACUCAGCCACAAGCACCCAGGGAAGUGGAGGCACCCUCGCUGUCACCCGAGGAGCUCUCCCACCUGUCCCCUUCCAGCAGGGCCCGGGUCCUGGCUGAGGCCAACCCGAGAUGUCUGCUGGACUCUGGAGCCCCAGGAUGGCCCCGAGCAGUGUCCUCUGCAUCCUGCUCGGCUUGCUGAUGUGGCCGGAGCCUGGAACAGCCUCUUUGCCCCUGGUUAUGGACUCUGUCAUCCGGGUCCUGGCUGAGCUGGAGCAGAAGUUGCCAGGGACCCAGGUCAACGAAAGCGCUUCUGCGUGGCUUCUGUCUGCCCAGAACUCUGGGCCCCUCCAUCCCCUCCACCACCUCCUGUUGCAGGCGCCCAGCCUCAAGGUCACCAAGCUGGACCCCCCGCCUCUGAGCCCAGAGCUUCGAGACCUGGCUGAGGAGGUGGCCCGACAUGAAAUACAGGCUGGGCGCGAGUACGGGGUGGUGCUGGCACCCGACGGCUCCACCGUGGCUGUGAAGCCUCUGCUGGCGGGACUGACGGCCGGGCUACAGGUUCGUAGGGGUUUAGCCCUAACCUUGCCCUUGGAGAGCCAGGCCAGCCCUCCGGAUGCUGGCGCCACCUCCCCUGGACCCACGGGGGCUUCUCCAGAUAUCCCCCCUACGGAUGCCGGAGCCACCUUACCCAAAGGCCAACCCAGAUCGCUCAGCGCCAGGGACAGCUUCCUGGCCAUCACCCUGGCUGCAGAUCUGGGCCUGGACUUCCUGCAGAGUCCCCGGAACCAGAGCCUGCCAGGCCUGGGGACUGAGGGCUGCUGGGACCAGCUCUCUGCCCCCCAGGAGUUCACACUGCUGGACCCCAAGGCAUCCGGGCUGACCAUGGCCUUCCUCAAUGGAGCCCUGGAUGGAGCCCUCCUUGCAGACUACCUGAGCACGGUCCCUGAGCCCCGGCCACCCCUCAGCCGCUUGCUCAGUGAGUACUACGGCGCUGGGGUGGCUGAAGACCCCAAGUUUCGCAGCAACUUCCGGCGGCAGAAGGGAGCUGCUCUGACCUCGGCCCCCAGCCUGGCCCAGCUGGUACUGGGGACUCUUGUGCUGCUACAGAAUGUGGAGCCAGGACCACCACAGCUGCAUAACAUCAGCCAAGACCACCUGGCCCAGGUGGCCGCCCAGGCUGCCAAGGAGUUUGUGGAGGCCUUCCUGGGGUGCCCGGCCAUCCACCCCCGCUGCCGCUGGGAGGCCGCGCCCUACCGGGGCAACCCCGCGCCCCUGAAGCUGCCGCUCGGGUUCCUGUACGUGCAUCACACGUUCGAGCCGGCGCUGCCUUGCACUACCUUCAAACGCUGCGCCGCCGACAUGCGCUCCAUGCAGCGUUUCCACCAGGGAGAGCGCCACUGGAGCGACAUCGGCUACAGUUUCGUCGUGGGCUCCGAUGGCUACGUGUAUGAGGGCCGCGGCUGGCACUGGGUGGGCGCGCACACGUUCGGCUACAACUCCCACGGCUUCGGUGUGGCCAUCGUGGGCGACUUCUCCAAGACCUUACCCAGUAAGGAGGUGCUGCGCACGGUCAGCCAUGUGCUCCCCAGCUGCGCUGUGCGGGCCGGGCUCCUCCGGGGCGACUACGGCGUGCUGGGCCACCGCCAGCUGGUUCGCACCACCGAGUGUCCGGGCGACGCGCUCUUCCUCCAGCUGCGCACCUGGCCUCACUUCUCUGAGUCCAAGGCUACAAACUAAGAACCUCGAGGAGGACACUGCCAGUCUUCCAGCAGCUGCGAGACUCCAGUAAAGUCACCAAAGAAAGAAAAAUCUCUGGUCUCACGAGAUCUGUGUUUGUGGCCAUUGUUUGAGUUUGGAUUCAUCCAGAAGCAGACCUGAGAGAAAACAUCCCAUAAUAAGAGGCCGUGGGUGCGGCUCAGGGGUAGAGCCCGGCAGGCUUGAGGCACUGGCUUCUGUCUCCAGCACCACAAAAAUAAAAAAUAUUCACAAAUAAA